CUCCUCCUCCAUCUCCCAAAACCACCACUCUCUCGCACUUCCUCCCCUACUUUCUCACCAGCAGCCACUAAAACCUUGCUCUCUCACCAGUCACCUCCCUUAUGCUUUUCCCGUCACUCCACUCUCACUCCAACACUGAUCCAAUAAUUCUCCUCGUUCGAGUCCGUUCCUCCCAUAUCAACAGUCGCGCUUUCUCUCUGUCUUUUCUCGAGAAAACAGAGACGCUUACCAAGCAUGGACGCUCGCGAGUUCAGCGCGGUCAAGGCCGAGAAAGCCAGGUCUCUGCGCCGGUACCCGAGAAACAAGAUGUUGAAGGCUUUCCUCCGCGUCUCCGAAAUCUGCGCCGCGCUAUUCCUGCUGGCGUACUACUCCUCUGGGAUUUCUCUCUCUGCCGCCACCACCGGCGAUUCUUUUGGCCGUGUGGUCGCUCUUCUUGCCAAGCCGCUCUCCGUCUUCCUCCUCAGCAAUGCUAUCAUCAUAACCGUAAUUGUCUUGUCCGGCAAGGACACGGAGCGCAGGCCGGUGCGCGAUGUCUACGAUGAGUAUAUUGCUCACCGGAGGACCUUCCCAAGGAACUCAACAGCGACAGAGACAUUGCCAGAGGAGACCGCUGUUGACAAACAGAUCGUGCUAUACUCAUCUCCUCCUGUUUGCGAAAACACAGCUCCUACGGCGACGGAUCUAGAGGCCCAUCGCGAUGAGGCGACUGCUGAAGUCACAGAGACCAAUCGGGUUGUUGAGAAACUACCGGUGGUCCCUUUGGCGAAGCAGUGCAGAAGGACACAAACAAUGGCGACCACGAGGGUACAGAGAGAGCUUCGGCUAUCGUCAUCCAGGAGCGACAGCGGGCUGCGCAAUAGGGCGGUGCUUCACAGGAGGCCCUGUGCAGUGGAGGAAUUGAGCGAUGAGGAGUUCAACCGGAGGGUGGAGAAGUACAUAGAGCGGACAAGAAUGUUAUUGCGCAAGGAGAAGAUGGCGAAUGCGAUGAAGGAGGGUUACAAAGCAAUUGGUUAUCAUUCUGUCUGGAUGAGUCACGGCAGAGACACCGAGACCAUAGCUUAGGGCAAAUAUAGCGAAGAUGGUCAAAUUGAAUCGGCUAGACUGAUGUGCAUAUGUAUAGCGAUGAAUUUUCAAUGAUGAUGCGCAUAUUAGA